AUCCUCAUUCCUCCCCUCACCUGCCCACAGGCCACAGCUGCAAGCAAAGGCCACUGACUACUGAGAGAAAGAAAGAAAGAGAUGCUCAAGGAGGAUGGUUCUGUCGGUGAUGGCAGCAAUGGCUGGGUGCGCAUGUGCGACUCGUGCCGGUCUGCCCCCUGUUCGGUGUACUGCCUUGCAGAUUCCGCGUAUCUGUGCACCGGAUGCGAUGCCCGCAUCCACAGCGCGAACAGGGUGGUGUCACGGCACGAGCGCGUGUGGGUGUGCGAGGCCUGUGAGCGCGCUCCCGCAGCGUUCAUCUGCAAAGCGGAUUCAGCAUCGCUGUGUGCAGCCUGUGAUGCGGACAUUCACUCCGCAAAUCCACUUGCUCGCCGCCAUCACCGCGUCCCCAUCCACCCAAUUUCGAGCAGCCUCUAUGGAGUUCGACCGGCCACAGAUCCCGGCGGGAUGGUGGUUGGGGCCGUAGCUGAGACGGAGGACGGGUUCUUGGCCGAAGACGGCCGAGAAGGUCUGGGUGAGGACGAUGAGGAGGAAGCAGCUUCGUGGUUGUUGCUUAACCCUGUUAAUAACAAGAAUGGGAAUAACCAGAGCAACGGCGUAAUGUUUGGUGGAGACCAUGCUGACGAGUACUUGGACCUGGUGGAGUACAACUCUGAGAACCAGUUCAGCAAUGAACAGUACAACAGUACAAGUGCUUCACAGAAGAGUUAUGGAGGUGAUAGUGUUGUGCCGGUGCAGAGUGGAGAGGUGAAGGAUCGUCAGCUGCAGCAGCAGCAGCCGGAGCUGCAGCUGCAGGUGGGAUUGGAGUACGAGUCCUCAAAAAUUGGGUACGGUAACGCUGCUUCAAUCAGUAACAGUGUCUCUUUAUCAUCCUUGGAUGUUUGCAUCGUGCCAGAGUCAUCAGUGAGCGAUCUGUCAGUCUCGCACUCCAGGCCUCCAAAGGGGACAAUUGACCUCUUCUCAAGCCCUCCUGUUCAGAUGCCAACCCAACUCACACCAAUGGACAGGGAAGCCCGAGUCCUGAGGUAUAGAGAAAAAAAGAAGACAAGAAAGUUUGAGAAGACAAUAAGGUAUGCCUCUAGGAAGGCCUAUGCAGAGACCCGACCUCGGAUCAAAGGGCGGUUUGCUAAGCGAACCAAUGUAGAAGUCGAAGUGGACCAAAUGUUCUCUACAACACUCUUAGCUGAGAGUGGAUAUGGCAUUGUCCCCUCAUUCUAAUUCUGAGGAUAAGGCGAAGGUAAGAACCAAGAAAACUCUCCUCAAGUUGGAGCUGCAUAAGCUAUUGCAAAAGCUCUAAUGCUAAUAUUUUUUUUUUCUUUCUUGUUGUAGUAAGUUGUUUGAGUUAAUGUGAUACAUGUUUGGUAAUUUUGUAAGCUUUCUUGCUUAUACCUCUGCUUAAUUUCUUUGUAAA